AUGCGGCUGCCUGAGCAACCUGGAGAGGGGAAGCCUGAGAAUGAGGAAAAGGGGGGCAGAGGAGCCCCCGGAGGGGGAGAGGAGCCGCUGAGGACCCGGGCCCCCGACUUCCCCACUUGGCAAAAGAUGCCUUUUCACCAUGUGACCGCCGGCCUGUUGUACAAGGGGAAUUACCUCAACCGAUCUCUCUCUGCCGGCAGCGACAGCGAGCAGCUAGCUAACAUCUCUGUGGAGGAGCUUGACGAGAUCCGAGAGGCCUUUCGGGUUCUGGACCGAGACGGCAAUGGCUUCAUCUCUAAGCAGGAGCUGGGAAUGGCCAUGCGCUCGUUGGGGUACAUGCCGAGUGAGGUGGAGCUGGCCAUCAUCAUGCAGCGCCUGGACAUGGACGGGGAUGGUCAGGUGGAUUUUGAUGAAUUCAUGACAAUUCUUGGCCCCAAACUGGUGUCUUCAGAAGGUCGCGAUGGUUUUCUUGGAAACACAAUAGACAGCAUAUUCUGGCAGUUCGACAUGCAGAGGAUAACUCUGGAAGAGCUGAAGCACAUCCUCUAUCACGCCUUCCGGGACCACUUAACGAUGAAGGACAUUGAGAACAUCAUCAUCAACGAGGAAGAGAGCCUGAAUGAGACCUCGGGGAACUGCCAGACAGAGUUUGAGGGCGUGCAUUCCCAGAAGCAGAACAGACAGACCUGCGUCCGGAAGAGCCUCAUCUGCGCCUUCGCCAUGGCCUUCAUCAUAAGCGUCAUGCUGAUCGCGGCCAACCAGAUCCUCCGGAGCGGCAUGGAGUAG